CGGCACGUAUAUAUAUAUUCCACGUCAGAAUUAACAGGCAUAGUCAUUAGAAGUUGCGCUGGUUAAUCAACAAGUGACAAUGAAUAAUAAAUUCAUAACAUUACUCUUGGUCGUCCUUUGCUGCGCUCUUACGGUGCAUCAAGUGUCAGCCGAAGUACCACCACAUUGUACUUUACCAUUGGUGACGGGCUCAUGCAAAGGUUAUUUCCCGAGAUUCGGAUACGAUGUAGAGAUGGGUCAAUGCGUACAAUUUAUACAUGGAGGUUGCGAAGGAAACGCGAACAAUUUCUUAACUCUGGAAGAAUGUGAGCGAUCAUGCUUAGUUUAGUAAGUCCUGUUUGUUUUUAGUCUAUAGCAUUUGAAAAACGGAUUAGGAGAGAGCCGCGCAUACA